AUGCUUUUUUCUCAUUUUGUGAAAAUCACACUGUUUUUCAUAAUCAUCAAAUGUAUACAGGUGAUAAUUGUAUUUGUCACAAAUCAACAAUUUGAUACAUCGUCACAAAUAAUAUUUGAAUCAGCAAACGUCAUUCGACACAAAGAAGAUUUUAUCACAUUAACUUCUAAAAUAAUACAAGAUGUCCCACUAGUAGCCCAAUAUCCAGAACUUCUGCAACGCAUCCCCAAUUCCAUAUCACUCAUUCUUGAGGGAUUCCUUGAAAAAUUGGUGGUAUGGGAUGCGGUUUAUUUCAGCAAAAUUUUUACAGAAGGGGCGACUUAUGAACAUGAAUGGGUUUUCAGUCCACUUUGGGGUAGACUUGUGAAAUCGGCUCCAUUUUUCAGUAUCCAAGAUCCUGAAUUGCACAAGCUAGUCUAUGAGAAUUUUUAUGGAAAGCUAAUUAUUGCAGUAGGCUUAACAAACUUGUUGCAUUAUUUGUCAGUAUUAGUGUUGUACAAAUGGACCGCGAUUGUAUUUGAUCACAAUAGUAAACCAUCAAGAUGGUUUUCAAUCAGUGAACUGAAUGAGUUGGCUUUAAAAUCGGCACUCGUUUAUAUUCUCAAUCCAGCAGGAGUUUUCUUGACUGCGCCAUAUUCUGAAUCAUUUGCUACAUUUUUGGCGUUUGUUGGAUUAUAUCUUAGAGAAUUAUCAUUAGUUGAAAAAGACGAUACGAAUUUGAGAGCCCCAAAAGCCUUGUAUGGGAUGAUAUAUUUGGGGUCUAGUAUUUUCAUUGCUGGAGGAAUCAUGAUUAGGUUGAAUAUUAUAUUGGUGGCAUUUGUUUACCUCUAUGACUUUUUGUAUUUCAUGAAGAAGUUGAAACUUUCCACCUUUGUUCCACUACUUGCUGGACUAGUGACUUUUUCCCUGUUUGUUUACAUCAAUAUGUUGCCAUAUGAGGAGUUUUGUCCAGAAAGAGUGAUCUGGUGCACCUCACGUUUACCUUCUUUGUAUUCGUUUGCCCAAGGUCGCUAUUGGAAUAUAGGAUUUCUUAACUAUUGGACUCCUAAUAAUAUUCCUAAUUUCUUAUUUGCCUUGCCGACAAUUUUGACUUUGCUUGUAUCAAUAAACUAUUUCCGAGGGGAGUACGUUCCACAUUUGAGGCCAUUACUUCUUAUGACAGGGUUGUUUUUAUUUUUGGGGAUUACUAGCUGGCAUGUUCAAAUUUUGACGAGAGUUAGCGGAUUCAUUCCACUUAGUUCGUGGUAUUUGGCCUGUAAAUUAAUUGAGAGUAACAACUCUGCUGGUCUCCGGGGGAAAUUUUACAAAGCGGGGGCUUCGCUGGGUGUUCCUAUUGAGAAAGUAAUAAUUACCUGGAACUUCCUCUGGAUUGUGGUUCAAACCGCAUUAUUUGCAGGAUUUUUACCUCCUGCUUGA